GGCCCCAGAGUUCCCUUUCGGUUUCCGGUGUUCCUACGAUGGCGGCUCUGGAUUCUGUGUCGCUCUUCACCGGCCUGGGGCUGAGCGAGCACAAGGCCCGCGAGACACUUAAGAAUACGGCUCUGAGCGCGCAGCUGCGCGAGGCGGCGACGCAGGCACAUCAGACUCUGGGCUCCACCAUCGACAAGGCCACGGGGACUUUGCUCUACGGCCUAGCCUCCCGACUCAGGGAUCCCCGGCGUCUCUCGUUCCUCGUGAGCUACAUUGCCAGUAAGAAGAUUGUCACCGAGCUCCAGCUGAGUGCUGCCCUUGAAUAUGUGCGAAGCCAUCCCCUGGACCCCAUCGACACUGCGGACUUUGAACAGGAAUGUGGCGUGGGUGUCACGGUCACCCCGGAGCAGAUUGAGGAAGCGGUAGAGGCUGCCAUCAAUCGGCACAGGCCCCAGCUCUUGGUGGAGCGUUAUCACUUCAACAUGGGGCUGUUGAUGGGAGAGGCUCGGGCUGCGCUCAAAUGGGCAGAUGGCAAAAUGGUCAAGCAUGAAGUGGACAUGCAGGUCCUCCACCUUCUGGGUCCCAAGACAGAGAGUGAUCUGGAGAAGAAGUCCAAGGUGGCUAAGGCGCGGCCAGAAGAAGCAGAUCGCAGGGCAGCAAAGGAUGUGGUGGAGAAUGGUGAGGCUGCUGGCCAGACCCUUUCUCUGAUGGAGCAGCUUCGAGGGGAGGCCCUUAAGUUCCACAAACCCGGUGAGAACUACAAGACUCCAGGCUAUGUCAUCACGGAACAUACCAUGGAUCUACUAAAGCAGCACCUGGAGAUCACUGGGGGACAGGUACGUACCCGGUUUCCCCCAGAACCCAAUGGAAUCUUGCACAUUGGACAUGCCAAAGCCAUCAAUUUCAAUUUUGGUUAUGCCAAGGCCAACAAUGGGAUCUGUUUUUUGCGUUUUGAUGACACCAAUCCUGAGAAGGAGGAAGCCAAGUUCUUCACUGCCAUAUAUGAUAUGGUGACAUGGCUGGGUUACACACCUUAUAAGGUGACAUAUGCUUCUGACUAUUUUGACCAGCUGUAUGCCUGGGCUCUGGAGCUCAUACACAGGGGCCAGGCCUAUGUGUGCCAUCAACGAGGAGAGGAGCUCAAAGGUCACAAUUCUCUGCCAUCACCCUGGAGAGAUCGUCCCAUAGAGGAGUCACUACUGCUCUUUGAGGCAAUGCGCAAAGGCAAAUUUGCAGAAGGUGAGGCCACUCUGAGGAUGAAGCUGGUGAUGGAGGAUGGCAAAAUGGACCCUGUGGCCUAUCGAGUCAAGUAUACACCACACCACCGCACAGGGGAUAAAUGGUGCAUCUACCCCACCUAUGACUACACACACUGCCUCUGUGACUCCAUCGAGCAUAUCACCCACUCCCUCUGCACCAAGGAAUUCCAGGCGCGACGGUCUUCCUACUUCUGGUUGUGCAACAUGCUGGAUGUCUAUUGUCCUGUCCAGUGGGAGUAUGGCCGCCUCAACUUGCACUAUGCUGUUGUUUCCAAGAGGAAGAUUCUUCAGCUGGUGGCAGCUGGUGCUGUGCGAGACUGGGACGACCCACGGCUCUUCACACUAACAGCACUUCGACGGCGGGGCUUCCCGCCUGAGGCCAUCAACAACUUUUGUGCUCGGGUGGGGGUCACCGUAGCACAGACCACAAUGGAGCCACAUUUGCUAGAAGCCUGUGUGAGGGAUGUGUUGAAUGAUACAGCCCCACGAGCCAUGGCUGUUCUGGAGCCAUUACAGGUUGUUGUCAUAAACUUUCCCGCUGCUAAGUCCUUGGACAUAAAGGUGCCCAACUUCCCAGCUGACGAGACCAAGGGCUUCCAUCAAGUUCCCUUUGGACCAAUUGUCUUCAUCGAGAGGACUGAUUUCAAGGAGGAGCCAGAGCGAGGCUAUAAGCGCCUGGCACCGGGCCAGCCAGUGGGUCUGAGGCAUACAGGUUAUGUCAUUGAGCUACAGCAAGUUAUUAAGGGCCCUGAUGGCUGUGUGAAAACCCUGGAGGUGACCUGCAGACGAGCAGAUGCUGGAGAAAAGCCUAAGGCCUUUAUUCACUGGGUUUCACAGCCUCUAGAGUGUGAGAUCCGACUCUAUGAUCGUCUAUUUCAACACAAGAACCCAGAGGAUCCUUCUGAGGUGCCUGGUGGAUUUUUAAGUGACCUGAACCCGGCAUCGCUACAAGUGGUAGACGCAGCUUUAGUGGACUGCUCUGUGGCCCUGGCAAAGCCCUUUGACAAGUUCCAGUUUGAGCGGCUCGGCUACUUCUCUGUGGAUCCAGACAGCCGUGAGGGACAGCUUGUCUUCAAUCGGACAGUGACACUGAAGGAGGACCCAGGAAAGGUGUGAGCUGAAAGCCCAAAUCGACCUACCUCACCUUCUUGGAGGCCACUGGCCCCCAGACUCUCAAUAAAGAACU